ACGGCGAGCAUGCCGUUCAGGAUGCAGUGGAACGGUAAAAGAGUGGUACGUUCGGUUCGCUGCCGCGUAGUGUUUCGAGUGACUUUGUAGCGAACAUUUCGUAUAGCGAGAGAAGAGGAAAUUCUAUUCGAUUUUGCACCGAAUCCGAUAGAGUUUUAAUUUCUCUCGUGAUUAUUAUAUGAAUGUAAAUCGAUUUUACGUAUAGUAUAUGUAUUCGAAGGGUUGAAGUUGAAUUUUAUCGAUACACGAUCGACUCGCUCGUAUUCGCUCGUUUUUAUCGCGCGCGCGCGCGCGCACGCGCGUUCGUAAACCAGAGUAUUUGAACGCGUAACAAGAGAGAAUCGAAGCUUGUUCAUCGAGGAACGUAAGAAGGAAUCGGUCGAGGUUAUAACAGAGAGAGAGAGAGAGAGAGAAAAGAUCAAAAUAUAAGAAAUUGGGAAACGAAAAGAGAAAGGACGAGAGAGGAAGGGACGAAGAAAGAAGAAAGGAAGAGAAAAAGUGAACGUAAAUUGAGAAUAAUUGGUUGAUCAAGAUGAGAGUACAUCGUGGGAUUUGCGCGAAACUCCAAGGUGGAUUUCUUAAACGAUGGUGGGCAGCAGUGGCCGUUGGAGCGUUAAUGAUCAUCGCUGCCGCGAUUUUGGCGGCCGUUUUUCCAAAAUUGGUCGACGUUUUGAUGAAUAGAGAGAUCGCUCUUCGAGAUGGUAGCCGUACAUUCAACUGGUGGAGGAAACCGCCGGUGACGCCUCGGCUCAACGUAUACAUUUACAAUGUAACGAAUGCCGAUGAGUUUUUGAACGAUGGUGAGAAACCAGCGCUUGUGGAACUCGGUCCGUACGUGUACUUGCAACAAUGGGAAAAAGUGGAACUGAAAUUUAACGACAACGACACGUUGACAUACAAGAUGAAAAAGAUCUACAAUUUUGCACCGGAACUGUCAGCCGGCUCGGAAGAGGAUUUGGUCGUAGUCCCAAACGUGCCGAUGCUUUCGGCCACCAGCCAGUCCAAGUAUGCAGCACGUUUCCUCAGGCUAGCGAUGGCCUCGAUCAUGGAUAUCCUUCGAAUAAAACCGUUCGUCGAGGUGUCGAUCGGCCAACUCCUCUGGGGUUACGAGGACCCCCUGCUCAAAUUGGCGAAAGACGUCGUGCCGAAGGAGCAGAAACUGCCCUACGAUCAGUUCGGUCUGUUGUACGGGAAAAAUGGGACCAUGUCCGACUUGUUCACGAUUUAUACGGGGCAGGAGGACAUCGGUAAGUACGGGAUCCUGGACAAUUUCAACGGGAAGAGGAGCCUGGGCCAUUGGACCGCUUCGGAGUGCGACUCGAUAGCCGGCACCGAUGGCAGCAUCUUCCCGCCGCGCAUCACCAAGGAGACGGUGUUGAAAAUCUUCGAUAAGGAUCUGUGCAGGGCGUUGCCCCUGGUGUUUAAGGAGGAAGUGAUCACCCCAGGUCGAAUCCCUGGAUAUAGGUUCGUCCCUGCCAAAGAUGCAUUCGCUUCACCGAGCAGAUUAGAAUCGCAGCAAUGUUUCUGCCCGGCUGGGCCACCUUGCGCCCCCGAAGGAACCUUCAAUGUCUCCCUUUGCCAAUACGAUUCGCCGGUGUUGCUCAGUUUCCCGCAUUUUUAUCUCGGGGAUCCAACACUCAGAGAGGCGGUAACAGGUAUAUCACCGCCGGUCGAACGUGAUCAUCAAUUCUACCUCGAUGUUCUACCGAUGAUGGGCACAGCGUUGAGAGCUAAAGCGAGAAUUCAAAUAAACUUGGCGGUUAGCCAAGUACGGGACAUUAAACAGGUUGCCUCGUUCCCGGAUAUCGUUUUCCCGAUUAUAUGGUUCGAAGAUGGUAUCGAUGAGCUACCGGAAGAAAUGCGAAACCUGAUGAAAAUGGCCGUGGACGUGCCACCAAUUGCUCGGGCGGCGGUAUCCGGAACUCUGGCGGCGAUAGGCGCGAUCGUUUUGAUAGGAGCGCUCUUCUUCCUGGUGCGUGCCGCUAAACGACAAGAGAAACUACAUCUGAGCAAUCCGUUACCGUCUAACGCGACUGCGAGCAAAACCGGUCAGCUGAAUCCUGCAUUCCAGAAUCCAUCCGAUUCCAAGUAGAACGGCCGAUCUGCCCAGUCUGCCGUUUCUACAUCUUUCGAUCUCGAGCGUGAAGUUGCGCGUAUACGUCGACCCUUGUACGCGGCAAGCUUUCACCCUAAUAGGUUUUUAACGGAUGUAAAUCGAGAGAGCGAGAGGCGAAUGGAGAAACUGGGUAAGAGUGAUCGGUGUUUUAUCGUCAUUGUUCCAUUCCGCUAUAGGAAUGAAGAAAAUAUAACAACGAUAAUAAUAAUAAUAGAGAAAGGGGGAAAAGGACAAUUACGUUGUGUCGAUAUAUAUAUAUAUAUAUAUAUAUAUAACCUUUUACGAAAACUCGAACGAAUUUUCCAAUUGGAUAUUCGACUGGCCAGUUUUGAAAUUAUUAGGAAUCGUUUGCAUUCCUAUAGAUUGUUAGUGCCGGUUCGAAACCAAGUUAAUAAUAAGAAAGCGAAGUACGCGAAAAAGUAGGAAGUACGCGAACGAUUUGUGUGCGCGUGCAUAUUGUAUAUGUGUGUGUGUGUAUGUAUGUAUGUAUGUGUGGUAUGUGUGCACGCGCUUGCGUACUGAAGAAGGGAGUUAUGGAUGAAGUAGGGAACAGAAGUGACGUGGAAAUUGCUAAUAGUGCCGUAUACGGCGAAUUUCUAUCGUGGAACGAGUUGCUCCAUCGUCCGUCGCGUCGUUGCCAUCAAUAUUUAAAAAAAAAAAUUCGUCCAUCAAUCGAUGAAAAACUCUCGCCUCUCGUAAUCGCCGAAUG